AUGGCUACUAGCGAUCCAAAGGGACCAGAAAACGCUAGAGACGUGUUAGUAGAUGACAUGCCCAGUACUGAGCCGCCGGCAACCGGCUUAUGGGAAUGUCCUGGCACCUAUCAACCAAAACUCUAUGAGCCUUUUCUCAGGCACAUAGCAGAUCUGACAGGAACAAGAGUCACCUACGAUGAACUCGGCCACAAGGUUGAUGUCUUGGGCAAGAACGCCGCUGUUGUCGAACAGACAAUCAAUCGACUGAUCCACUUACACACUGCUUUGUCCCUCUUGACCCCUGUCCCGACCAGCCACCAGCAUCAUAUGUUUCUCCCAUCAACCGGCUAUGAGAAGCUGCAGAUAACGCCCUUCCGGCACCACUCAGCAGCAGCUACGUUGAAGACCCUUGCGACCGUUGAUGAGUGGACUUCCUUGGCUUCCAUGGGUGUCUUGGUACCUUUCAGACAAGGAGUCCGCCUGCAAGACAUGAAAGUGUCCACGGCCAAUCCACGCCCCGCCGUUCCAUCACGCUUUUUGUCAAGUCAGUCUUUGAAGAUGUUCGGAAACUACGACAUGUACAACGGCAAGACGACGGCAUCAAGCGAUGGCUCGAGUGGAUCGAAUGCUGCUCCUGCUGAACAAGUGGUGCCGAACCCAGACCCAGCUGAACCUGUCCUCGCCUUGAGACCAAAGGAGUACUACUCUAUCCUAGCCUCGGAGAACGCUGAUCGGGUCACAAAAUGGGUGAGCAAGGCAACCGAAACCGGCACAAAGCCUGUCGACCCCGAGAAGUCCGUCCCCAUAGAAGAGUAUCCUCCCGAGCAAAAGCCUGUGAAAGGAGUCUUGAGGCGUCGGGUCCGGCAGAAAUCCAAAAUCAAUCAAGGGAAUACCCACGCCAAAGCUGACGAAGAGAAAACAUCGGAUGAGUCUGUGUCUGCAUCUCCUUUUGUCCAAUUCAAAGUCAAACCCACCCCAACCUUGCACAGUACAAUGGCUCAGAAGACGUCACCCGGUAGCAAGUCUCCUCUCAAGCAAGCCACGCUGGAAAAGUUCUGGUCAAAUGCUUUUGCAGCUAUUGAAGACCCAAAGUCAAACAGCAGCAAAUCAGCAUCGCUACAGCCUUCUCCGAACGCCGCUUCACGUCGUACUAUCAAAGUCAAGGAAAAGAAGCUUGGACUGGGUGUAAGCGAAUCUUCUGUCCCAACUCAAAUCGAUGUCAAAGUGCAGAAGGCUACCCUGAAACCAGUCAUGCGAGCAGAUUCCCGUGACGUUCUCGAGAUCUUCAACGCACUGCAACCGACGUUGGAAGCAGCGAGGUCAUUUCCGGGAACUCUCGAAUUGGAAGCUAACAUUGAACUAAUCACCGUCGCUCCGUCGUUGUCUAGUUCAGGAUUUGAUGACAUUGUCCUGACGAUUGAUGAAUGGAAGGAGAAAUUCCAGUCCAAGGAAGGCAGUUCUUUGACUCCGUACUGGGCAUGGAACAAGAUCAGCGGUUCAGGGGCAGACGUUGAUGCUAUGAUAGAUAUGAUCUGGAGCGAGCGGGAUCCGCGGCGCAUAUUCCACGAGAUGCCUGCGGGUCAAGAAAUUGUAUUCGAAUAUCACUGUCAAUUGAAAGAGGAUUCUUCGAGAUUUGUCAUUUCCUUGGAUGAAGAUGGUCAUACAAGCUUUCACCAAACUUCAUAUGUCCUUGGAUGUUCUACGAUUCACUUUCCUCACCGCAUGUGGGAUAUGAACAUUACCUUCAAAGGGGAGAUGAAUCUGCACGGCUACAAAGACCCGACCUUGAAGAAGGCAAUUGACGAGUUCAUCAAGACCAUCUACUUUCAACCAGACAGUGAUCUCCUUAUUUUUUGCAGCGAGCCUAAAAACAAGAUCUUUCACGUGGAAAAGAUCUUGAUGAAGAGUACAGUUCGACACAGACAUCGACCUAUGAACGAGGAACUGUCUUCGAAAUUGAUGCUCAAGACGGUGGAGAUUCGACAGUUUGUGACCGCCCGCAAACCAGGCCAUCCCAGAUUGAUCCGUGGCCGCAUCCCUGUGAAUAACCGCCAAAAGUGCGUCGCAGCUAGGAAGCUGUGGUAUGAAGUGUCAGUAGUGAGUGAUGCAAUUCAGGAACUGCUUUCCACCAACCAACAAUUGGAACUUGKGCAGCAGACAAAGAAGUGGACCGCAGUCGAUCUUCUUGGUGACGAGAUUGAGGUGAAGGACGUGGCGUAUGAAUCGAGCGAAGUCGCUCAGUUUGUUGGUGAUGCGGGAUUGGGGGGCAUGUAUCGACUAGCAAAGGUUAUUUUGGAUCGCAUGAGAAUUGGCGAUGUGGUAAUUUAA